GACGUAUUUCCGCCUGUGUUCCACUUUACCAGUGGCCUUUUGUGCCUUUCGUUUAAAUUCGGACGUAUGCCCUCGAUGAGAAAGUUCAUGCAAAACGUUUAGCUGACGUGGUGGAUAUUUUUACCUGAAAUGGCAUCGGGUACACCAUGCUUAAGUAGAUGGGACCAACCCAAAUCCAAAGGUGCUCCUCCAGCAUCUCAAAUGACAAAAGUUCCACCAGCUGUACCACAAUCGAACGUGCCUCCGACAUCUGGGGGUCCAGCAUCAGAAGAAGGUGCUCCUCAGGGUGGUGUUGAGAUGGCUGCAGCCAUGGCGGCUAAAAUAAAUGCAAUGCUUAUGGCUAAAGGGAAAAUGAAAACACUUGAACCUUUGCCCAGUAAGAUUGCACCGUGUGUAGCCGUCUCAAGUACCACUGAUGAAGUUGUGGUUACUGAAGUGGAUAUCAAUGAUGUGCCCAUAAAUUGCAGAAACCUGCUCACAAAAGGGAAAACUCAGGAAGAGAUUCGUCAGUUCAGUGGAGCUGUGGUUUCAACCAAAGGCCUGUACAUGACCAAUACUGCCAAGUCCUCUGUGAAAGGUGAGAGACCUUUAUAUCUCCAUGUUCAAGGACGGAGUCAGGAGGAGGUCAACAAGGCUGUCCAGCGGAUAAAGACGAUAAUUUCAGAGGACGUGAUGAGGGCAGCCGCAGCUGCCGGAGGACAGCAGCGGCCUGUGAUGCCCACACUUCCUGUGUACCCGCAGCCACCGCGCCCCGCCACCCCACAGCAGCCGCCGAGGCUCCAGAUGCCAAGUAUGACCCGACUGCCCAAUUCACAUAACAACCAAAGGUCUACAAACUCACAUGGUGGACAUUCAGGGAAUUUCGUCCAUACCAAGAUAUUUGUGGGUGUGGAUCAAGCGCUGCCCUCGUUUAAUGUGAAUGAGAAGGUGGAGGGCCCGGGGGGCACCUAUCUGGGGCACAUCCAGACGGAGACCGGCGCCCGCGUCUUCCUGCGAGGGAAAGGCUCCGGGUACAUCGAGCAGGCAUCACGACGAGAGUCAUUCGAGCCGCUAUACGUGUACAUCAGCCACCCAAACCAGACUGGACUGGAAGCUGCAAAGAAGCUAACAGAGAGUCUGCUGGAAACCGUCAGAGUGGAGCAUGACCGGAUGGUGUCCAUUUACACUGCGACGGGGUCCACUCAAGGAGCAUACCCAGCUCAUGGAUACCCAGCUAAUAGCAAUUACAGUAGCCAGGGGUCCUGGUAUAACUACCCAGCAAAUGGGUACCCGGGCGGCUAUUCAGCAUACCCAGGAGCUACUGGUUACUGGGGUAGUGCAAAUGGUCACCCCAGUCAUUCUAACCUGUCGACAACCCCUCAAUCUUCCCAGGCAAUGGUUCAGUAUCCAGUGUGUCCUAGGAAACCCCCUCCCUACUUACUACAGGACCAGGGAACCAGUUCCAGUGGUGCCACUAGCAGUCCAUCAACCAGUCCUCCGCGUCCAGCAAGCCCCAAGCGCCAGUUUCAGGAAGACACCGAAACCACCAAUGAGGACGAGUCUGAAUCCAGGGCAGACGUGAAACGGGAAGAACAAACGUCGCCUCCGCCUCCUCCCGUGUCCUCAGAUGAGGGGAAAACUACAGAAAGGUUCCUGAUGCCUCCUCCGCCAACACCUUUGACGGGCACUCGCAAAAGACAGAGGGACAGCCCGCCCAUGGAGGAUCUGUGUCCCGUCGCGGGUCCAGUUGAGGCGGAGGUGCCCAAGAAGCUGAAGUUGCCGGGGGAUAGCUCGGGGCUCGUGCCCUAUGGAGGAGACUCCUCUGACGAGGAAGAGGAGAGGACUCGCUGCAGUAAGAAGGCUAACUCCUAAACUUACUCAAACCCCCCUGCUCCCACAUGGCCUUGCUCACAGCAACGCCUGGCCAAAGUUCAAGCACAUUCAUACAAAUUUACCAGAUCUUCACACACACACACACAUCCAUACAUAAGAGUCCACCAGGAAAAAGACUGCUACAUUUUGCCAUUUACGACACAUUUUUUUGUGAAGGGUAAUUUUAACAAAAACAGGAAAAAGAUAAGCUUAUGCCUAUGAUGCCCUUCCUGGUUUCUUAAAUGCUCUGCACCAAUAACUGAUGUAUGCUGUAAAUUUCAGUGAAACACUUUUCUUAUUUGGAAAAUGGUGCAAGUCUGUUCCCAUGGAAUACUGUAAUAAAAGUAUUUGAAACAA